AUGCAACAGUCACCCUUCACAGUCGUGCAGUUGCUCUAUAUAUAUUUUACAAGCGCACAGCAGCUCUGUAUCCGCGCACAGCAGCCGUUUUUUACAGGCGAACAGCAGCUCUGUAUCGGCGCACAGCAGCCGUUUUUUACAGGCGCACAGCAGCUCUGUAUCAGCGCACAGCAGCCGGUUUUUACAAGCGCACAGCAGCUCUGUAUCGGCGCACAGCAGCCGGUUUUUACAGGCGCAAGGCAGCUCUGUAUCGGCGCACAGCAGCCGGUUUUUACAGGCGCACAGCAGCUCUGUAUCGGCGCACAGCAGCCGGUUUUUACAGGCGCACAGCAGCUCUGUAUCGGCGCACAGCAGCCGGUUUUUACAGGCGCACAGCAGCUCUGUAUCGGCGCACAGCAGCCGGAUUUUACAAGCGCACAGCAGCUGGUUUUUACAGGCGCACAGCAGCCUUUGUGA